AUUCUUCUUCUUUCUCACCAUCGAAAUGAGGUUAUGAUGAGCUUUCCUACCAAAUUCUAACAUAAUAAAUCCUCAUAUGCCAGACGAAGAUAUUUUCAUGGCCGUACAAGCCCAACGGCUGAACUCAACUCUGGUACAGCACAUCAGUUCCAAAGCAUUUGACUUAAAAUAGAACAUUGCAGCAACGCCCUUAAACCUUGCGGCCACACUCAAACAUUGUGGUCGAUACCUUGUGGCCGCGAAGAUUGAUUAAGAUGUGAGAAAUCUUGGUUUUAGGUCUCAGAUAGAUAGGAGCGUAAUGUUUUGCCCACCAUUUUUUGCCCCCUCCAGCUGAUGCUUUUACGGCAGAGCAUUGUCAUCUUCCACUACCAAAAAAGCUAAGUAGACUCAUAUGACGCUCUAAAUAUUUGCUCCAUUUUUAUGGCCUUACAAGCCCAACGAAUCACGGCCUAUCUCGGACGCUUGAACUCAAUCAGGUACAAAUCACAGUCCCUCUGCUCCUCAAAUUCCCUGUUUCAGUUUCAAUUUUCGACCUUUAAUCUACUUCCAAACCCAUCACACAACGAUCAAUUCCAAAACCCACCAACAAGCCAACCUCCCAUAGACGAGUCUCACGUGCUGAACCAGCUCUCUGACCUCUUACCAAUUCCUCGCAGCACAACAGUUCCAAAGCAGUUUAUUGUAACUUCACCUUACAAGCAACUAGAGGUUAAGGCCGUUGAUGGGUUCUUGACACCCGAAGAGAAACUUAGAGGCAUCUUUCUUCAGAAACUUAUAGGCAAAACUGCAAUCGAGCAGGCUUUAUCAAACACCCGUGUUGAAUUGAGUGUUGAUAUCGUAGCCAAGGUAGUCAACAAGGGAAAUUUGGGAGGUGAAGCAAUGGUUAUGUUUUUUAAUUGGGCAACUAAGCAACCGACGAUAUAUAAAAUUAAAGGUAUUGAUUGUUAUCAUGUAAUUCUUAAGGCACUAGGGAGAAGAAAAUUCUUUGAUUAUAUGGUGGGUGUGUUGCAUGAUAUGAAGAUGGAAGGAAUAAGUCCUGUAUCAGAUACCUUGGAGAUUGUAAUGGACAGUUAUGUACGGGCUCGUCAAGUGUCGAAAGCAAUCCAAAUGUUUGGACAACUGGAAGAGUUUGGGUCGAAAUGUGAUACGGAGUCUCUGAACGUGCUUCUACGGUGUUUGUGCCGACGGUCCCAUGUGGGUGCCGCGAAUUCGUUCCUUAAUAAAACGAAAGGGAAGAUACCCUUUAAUAGCAUCACAUACAAUAUUGUUAUUUCUGGGUGGUCGAAAUUUGGCAGAAUUGGUGAAAUUGAAACGAAUUUGAGUGCAAUGAUGGGGGAUGGAUUUGAUCCUGAUUGUUUAACGUUUAGUUAUCUUAUCGAGGGAUUGGGACGAGCUGGUCAAAUUGAUGAUGCGGUUGAGAUCUUUGAUAGUAUGCAGGAGAGGGGGUGUGUGCCAGAUGCUACCGUAUACAAUGCAAUGAUCUCUAAUUUUACUGCAGUUAGUGAUUUUGACGAAGGCAUGAAGUAUUAUAAUUGUAUGUUGAGAAACAACUGUGAACCAACUCUGGAUACUUACACCGGAUUGAUUGCUGCUUUCCUUAAAGCUAGAAAAGUGGCAGAUGCAAUUGAAAUGUUUGAUGAAAUGUUGUGCCGAGGGUUGAUUCCCACUUCAGGGACUGUAACCUCUUUCAUUGAACCUCUUUGUAGCUAUGGUCCGCCACAUGCAGCUUUAAUGAUCUAUGAGAAAGCAAGAAAGGUCGGAUGUCAACUAUCACUUACUGCAUACAAGUUGUUACUUAAGCGACUUUCUAGAUUUGGUAAAUGUGGCUUGUUGUUCAAUGUAUGGGAUGAGAUGCAAAAAAGUGGGUACCCUUCUGAUGUGGAAGUUUACGAGCACGUAAUAAACGGCCUUUGCAACAUAGGGCAACUGGAGAAUGCUAUCCUUGUUAUGGAGGAGUCUGUUCGAAAAGGUUUUUGUCCAAGCAAGCUUAUUUAUAGCAAAUUGAGUAACAAACUAUUGUGUUCAAAUAAAGUUGAGAUGGCUUACAAACUUUUCUUGAAAAUCAAAGUUGCUCGUCGUAGUGAAAGCGCUCGGAGACUUUGGCGUGCUAAAGGGUGGCAUUUCUGAGUUUCCAAUAUUUAUCAGCUUGCAAGCACAAUUACCUGAUGGGCCCAUCUGUCUCGUUGUUCUGGAUACGGGUUCUGGUGGAUUCUCGGGUGUUCUUCGGAUGUAAAGAACACAUGCCUCUUUGCAUCUACGAUAACCAUGUAUGGGUCAUGGGUGAAAGGAAUGCUGAGAUAUUCAAGAAUCGGGGUUUGGGAGCUGAGUCUUUGAUUUUUCAAGUCGAGAAUGAGCUUGAGGUAUUGCAUCAACUCUUGGGGACAGGUAAACCGUACAAUCAGAACAGACUGCUGUGCAUGGAUUGGCGUAUCUCUCCUAGUAUUUCACUGCUAUGUGAGCUGUGUCUUCCUUGUUGAACACUUUGUAGUUCGCUAGUUGUGGUGUUCUGUCUCAGCUUUUCGUUCUGGAUUUGAGUCCUUAGGUUUGGUUGCUACUAGGCUCCUGCCUCGUUUGUCUUUUAUUUUAUGGGGUAUGCUUUAUGGGGUAUGCUCCUGUACUAAAUAAAAAAUGAGAUCUUAGCAUGUAAA